GGAUUUUAUUCUAAGGAUUUAAUAAUCGAGAGAUAUAUAUUUAAAAAAAUAAAUACUUUUAGAUUUUUUAUUUUGAUAUUAAGUACAAUAUUUACUAUUUCAUAUUCAUUUCGAAUUAUUAAUAAUUUAGCAUCUAAAAAUUUAAUAUUAAAUCUAAUUUUCAACCAAGAAAGAAAAAUUAUCAAUUCAAUUAUUCAAUUCAGUCAUUCAAUUAACUAUAAUUUAUUAAUAUUAUAUAAAUAUUUUAUUAAAAUAUUUAUUUUAUUAAAUAUAAAAUUUAUAUUAAUUUUUUUAAAAAAUAAUAUUUAUAUAAUUAAUAUAUUAAAAUAUAUUAAUUUAUAUUACUUUAAUUUAUCAAAUAAAUACGAAAUUUUAUAUGAAAAAAUAUAUUUAAUGAAAUUACAUUUUCUAAUCUUAUAUUAUUACUAAUAAUAUUAAACAAAAAAUUCAUAUUAAUGGUCUAUAUUUCAUUAUAUUCAUUGAUAUUAAUAUAUAUGUAUAUAUUUGAUAUUAAUUUUAUUUGUUUAUUAAAUUAUUUAAAUAUCUUAUAUGAGAGCAUAAUAUUGGAAAUAUUAAUGAAAUUAAAAAUUUUCAAAUAUAAAUUAAUAAUAAAUUUUCUUUAUAUUGAAAAUAUAAUAUUUUAAAUAAACUAUAUAUUUAGAAAUAAAGAUUAAUCUAAUC